CCCCCUCGGGUUGGGCCACUUGCCAGAGCGUCUGUAAACACGCCCGGAGCCUGUCAUGGGGCGGGAGGAGGAGGCGGUGGCCGAGCGGGGAGGUGCCUGGGGCAGCCUCCUGGGUCCGCUCUGCCAUUCCUGAACUGGUCCGGGUCCCGGUGACCGUGGCUUCAGGGAAGCGAACUGUUAGGCGAAGGAGGAGGCAGUCAGAGCCAUAUCCCCUUCUUCCCCGGGGCGGGGGCCGGGCCUGGCCCGCUGAGGAGGGGGAGGGCCGGGAGGGCGUCGGGCCGGGCCGGCCUGUCUGCAGAGAUGGAUGACAGCAAGGUGGUUGGAGGCAAAGUGAAGAAGCCUGGUAAACGAGGGCGGAAGCCAGCCAAAAUUGACUUGAAAGCGAAACUUGAGCGAAGUCGGCAGAGUGCAAGAGAAUGCCGGGCCAGGAAAAAGCUGAGGUACCAGUACUUGGAGGAGUUGGUAUCCAGUCGGGAAAGAGCUAUAUGUGCACUCCGAGAGGAACUGGAAAUGUACAAGCAAUGGUGCAUGGCAAUGGACCAAGGGAAAAUCCCUUCUGAAAUAAGGGCCCUACUCACUGGCGAGGAGCAGAGCAAGUCUCAGCAGAACGCAAGCAGGCAUCCCAAAGCUGGGAAGACAGACGCUAACACCAAUUCGUUGGUGGGGAAUUGAACCUGUGGCUUCAGAUACAGGUGAAGAUCAUAUAGGAUACUGUGAGUGAUCAAAGCCGAUGGUCUAAUGUCUAUGGAGGAUGAAUGGGCAGGACUUUGCUUUUUGGUUCCAUUUUCCGCUUACUGCUCAGUAAGCAUCUCUGUAAACCCAAAGUUUCUACCAGAAUGUGUGAUGAUACGUCGUGAAGGUCCUUGUGCAGCACUUAGAUUUGCUGACCUUCAGACCUGCUCUGCCUUGCUCUCCAUGUUGGUUAAGAAGUCAUGAUGCCAAGCUUGUGGGAGCAGAGGAAGUGGAUGGAAGCGCGCAUUUGCACCUUAGCCCUGUGGCUUUCAUGGUUCAUUUCUAUUUGUCCUUUGUAAUUUGUGGAUUUGUGUGUAUGUGUGUUUAGUUGUCACUUCUUUUCAUGUUUUUAAUCACCCUACAAAAAGACACCAAAUAGGCUAUUUGUUUCCUGUGGUUCUCAGUCUUUAUGGACCCAAUAUUACUCCUUUAUAUUUACUUGAGUAAUGUUUGAUUGUCUGUGAGCCAUUCCAGCAUAAGCUGUGAGUAUGUAUUAACAGAUAUAUGCACUUCUAUUUUUAUAACCCAUAGUGAUAUGCCUGUUUUAAAGAAUGUACAUAACAAAACCCAACACAAAGCCCCCGACAGCCUUUUUGCUGUUUCCUCUUACUGUAUUUAUGAAAGCUGGCUAGGGCCAAAUCCAUGUUUGGAGAAUAAUUAGCCACAGUUUAUUUUUAAGUGAAAAGUAACCUUUCAGUAGCACCCAUUACCUUAACCUGCAGUAUGUGUGACAUGGUUUCUGCUGGAUGUCUACAUGUACAUGCAUUUGCUUGUGCACUCAGCUGAGGCAUGGGGUUUUUCUGAAGAAUACAGAGUGAGCAUAGCUGCUGAGACUGAGGAUCUGCCUUGUGGUGUGGAGCACAGGCCACCCUGCUGGUGACGCUAUGGCUGCUGCUGUUGGCAGAAUACUUGGUUCUUCCCCGACAUGAGUGCCCUUAUGAAUGUGUUCUGAGCCAGAAAGAAGCCCACUGUGUGCUUGUAUCUGCUUUAGCCUGUGCCCCCACUGUGGUAGGGCAUCCCAAGCUGCAACCUGCACUGCAGCCUGGGGCCUGGCUGGUAUGUGAAAUGGCAUGUGGCUCUGUAUGAUUCCCAUCACAGCUGCAUUUGUAUGACAUGGAGUGUGGUUGAGAGGCAGAGUUUAUGGUAGGAGAGGUUCAGAGACAAGGAAUUUCUACUUCACUCGCUUCUCUCACUAGUUCAGUCAGAUGUAUUUUCUGUUGCUGCUAAUUAUGAUCGUUCCUCCCUCUGGUGAAGCAGGAACUUGACUUCCAGAAUAAGAAGGAUUUGCUACAGACUGGCAGUUGAAGAGGAGGUAUCAUAGGAUCAGGCACGUCCAACCUUUUGACGUUGUGACUUGAAGCCUGAGAAUUGAAUGUUUUAAGUGAGUUUACAGUUUUGUGCUGGGCCACAUUCCUAGCUAUCCUGAAGCAUAUGCAGCCUGCAAGCUGUGGUUCAGAUAUGCCUGGAAGGUUGUCUGUGAGGUGGAACAUGAGAUGGACUGUGGAGCUUGUGAUCUCUUGACAGGCAUUUGAACAGAUGCCUCCUGUUAGCUGAAGAUCCCUUGAGCACAGGCGUCAAACCCAGGUCUCCAUGUUAGAUGUGUGUGACGACCACAGAGCACUGGCCCAGCUUACUGGGGUUCUCUGUGUUUUAGAAAAAUGGGCAUUAGGGUAUUUAAUGUCUUCUUAGGACCAUAAGUGGAGACAAAGGAUUGUUGAUAUUCAGGCCCUGCAAAAUGUAAGUGUUUUCCAUGUAGUCUUCUGACUGUGAUGGGCAUGCUUCUCCUGGCUGGUCUACUCAGUCAGAGACUUUUACUCUGUAGAACAGCCAUGACUUUAUGUUGCUUUGUUGGCUACCUUUUUUGAAUUCUCCAGAAAAAAAAAAAUUAUUUUCAAAGCAAACAUUCCAGGAUGAAUGUGGCUCCUCAGUGGAAUGUCUGCAUUGUGCUUGAAGAUUCUGCAGGUUGUACUGUAGUUACAGGGUCAUCCCCAGGUUGUACUGUAGUUACAGGGUCAUCCCCAGGUUGUACUUGUAACUGCAGGGUCAUCCCCAAGUAGAAGAGAUGGACUUUGGAGUGAAUGUUGAUAACACUUUGAGUUUACUGUCGGCCUGUAUCUCUUUAGUGUUUUGGAGGUAUCAAACCAAGAUAAUGGCCCUCAGCAUUUGAAGGGGACCUGCUGGUUGCUUUGGGUACUGUGCUGGCCCUUCUCCUAAUCCGUGAUCUAAUCACAGGUCCUGGUUCCAACAGCUGCAGCAUCUCCUUUCCCACUUCCAUCCAGUGAGGCACUGCAGGCCAGCUGCAGUUCCUUCUCAGAUGAGAGCUAGCUGACAGGACAGAGCCCAAGGCCAUCCUCUAGGGCAGGAAGAGGCCAAAUGCCUGGGUCAACAGAGCCCAGUUCCUUUUUCUUUUUAUUUCAGAGAUUAAGGAGAAAAUAUAUUUGCAUAUUCACACCAAUCCAACUCUGCCACUUUAGCAUCCACUUCCCACAUACUGGAGCAACUGGUGCAAUAUGGAGUUGAUCUGGUCAGGUCAACUUUUAGGCCGUAGGUGAAGUUCUUAAUUUGUUUUCUGUCCUUAUCUAAAAUAUUCCUGUGAUGCCCAAAUCAGAGCUUUAGUGCAGCCGUCCCUGCCACUGCCUGCCUGUGGGCAGUGCUGAGCAUCGUCAUCUCUAAGUUUAUCAUCUUUGACCUGUAGUGGGUCUGCUUUGGCUGGUGAUAGAAAACACAGAUUUAAGCUGGACUUCACUUUUAGUUAAAGGCAAGUAAAAUCAACAAAAAUAAAUACUAUAUUUCACAGAAAUCAGCUGCAUGUUGUUAAAAUAUUAAAAUACAUAUUUUGUUUUUUAAAAGACGAGAGAUGAUUAAACCACAUGGUAUUUGGGGGCAAAUGAAGGAUUUUUUUCCUCAGAAGAGCAUUGUACAAUUAUAUUUUUAUGAAAAAUAAAAUAUCUUCACCAAAA